UUUUUGUUAACAGUAGAAGGUUUUGGCAAGUUAAAGAAACCAUGUUUAAGGGACUCGUUCAGUGCCAUCCAUGGCUCCACUCAGUCACUUAGAUCAUCUCUGCCACAUUUUACAACAUCUAAAAAACUCACCCGCCGUCCUCCAUCUGAGGUAACCAUUCGAAAAUCGCCUCCAGUUUUGAGAAGAAAAGUCAACUCCCGAACUUCGAACAUAUUCACUGCCGGUUCAGCUUCGACGACUCCAUUGAUGAAGACGAGAGCAAGCAAGACAGAAGUGGAAAGUUCUUGCCAGUCCACACCUACAUCCUCAUGGUAUGGAUCACCAGCAAGCUCAAUUGAGGAAUGGCCUUUAGACACCACUUCAACAGCUCAAAGAUGUACCAACAGAUCCAAGCGAAGUCCAUAUUCCAGUCUUAAUAAAAGUCCUCUUAUAGAUAAAGAGAAUCGACAUGAAACGUCAGUUAAUCGACCCCAUAGAAAAGACCUUAAAGAAGAUGGGAAUACUGAUGCUUCGAGAAUAUUAAGAGAAGUAAAACCUUCCGGCCUGCGAAUGCCGUCACCAAAACUUGGCUUUUUCGACCGGGAAACUAUGUUGCAGUUAGCCACCAUUAUUGACACGAAGCAGGAUGUUCAUACUCGAUGUACUGAGCUUCAAUCUCCUAGAACUCGACCAUGGGCCGAGAUUCGAAAUGAUAAAAAUGGAGGAUCACCAGUGUGCGUCUCCACCAGAAAAGGCAACAGAAGUCCGACAGUUGCGUCAUAUAACAGGAUUGUCCAAUGUAAUCAAUCUAUGAAGGCCAAGAAGAUCAUCUCGCGGUACGCUGAAUUAGACGACAAGGAAAAUGAGGUAAGUUUUGUGGAUCCACAAAUUGAGGGUUUAGCCAUGCAGGUUAACUCCAUUCGCCUAAACAACCGCAUGAACUGAAUUAAAUCAAGAUAGUUAGUUAUACAUCAUUGAAGUUGAUUUCAAUCAAUUUUUAUCACAUUUUGUUAUUGUCCAUUGAAGCUGUUUGAAGAAGAAUCGAUAGCAUCGUCGAGAUGAUUCUAAUCAA